AUGCGUCCCCCUCGCCAGCUGUGCCGGCCAGAACCGGGGCUGACGCUCCAGUCCUUGACAGUGUGCAUUCCGAGAUCUCCUGGCCCCCAACCUAGCCUGCUGUCCCCAGCACCCUCCUGGCUGCAGCUCGCCCAAGGGAAGCACCAUCAAAGCUUGACCUCCUCAUGGAUCCCACCGUGGCUGCAGCUCCUGCCAGGUGUGGAGAGGGACCUCGGGGCACCUGGACCCAGCAAGCCCGGCACCAUCGAGCAGGCGGUGGAGGAGAUCGGCGUGGUGGUGCGGCCGGUGGAGGACGGCGACAUUCAGGGCGUGUGGCUGCUGACCGAGGUUGACCACUGGAACAACGAGAAGGAGCGGCUGGUGCUCAUCACAGACCAGGCACUGCUCAUCUGCAAGUACGACUUCAUCAGCCUUCAGUGCCAGCAGGUGGUCAGGGUCGCCUUAAACGCGGUGGACACCAUCUCCUGCGGAGAGUUCCAGUUUCCCCCCAAAUCGCUCAACAAGCGAGAAGGUUUUGGGAUCCGCAUUCAGUGGGACAAACAGAGCCGCCCUUCCUUCAUAAACAGAUGGAACCCCUGGUCCACCAACAUGCCCUAUGCCACGUUCAUAGAGCACCCCAUGGCUGGUGCGGAUGAGAAGACAGCGUCUCUGUGCCAACUGGAAAGUUUCAAAGCUCUGCUAAUCCAAGCUGUCAAGAAAGCCCAGAAAGAGAAUCCUUUGCCAGGACAAGCCAGUGGCGUGCUGGUCUUGGAUCGUCCCCUCCUCAUCGAGACCUACGUGGGACUCAUGUCCUUCAUUAACAACGAGGCUAAACUGGGCUAUUCCAUGACCAGAGGCAAAAUAGGCUUCUAG